GAAAGCACGAGGAGGACUAGAGGGAGGAGACCAGGAGAGGAGCGCGCGGUGGCGGAGCCGCAGGCAGUGGCCGGGCCACCUCCCCUCGCGACCACGCACCGCGUUGCCCGCCCAGGGCGGUUCCAGGCACCACCGUCUCUGCCUGGGCUGCGCCUGCUGUGUCUAUGACAAGCUCCUGCAGCCGGCAGCACUGUGCACAAACCAGCAGCUCCUCCUCUCUCCAACCCGCAUCUUCCCGGUAGGGGCGCGUCGCGCAGCUGUUAUCUAUCCCCUGGUCAACUUUGAGCUGGAGGAGCAGCAACUUUGACAGUGGCCGCGGGUUUCGAAUCUGGCUUCUCCUUAGCAACAGUAGCUUGAAAGUCUCCGGAGUUAGGCGGGGCAAGAGUUUCCCGGUGUGUCUGCGCUGCCAGUUUCCAACGCGCACGCAGGCAGCCAGGAGUGGAAUUGUGACAGCGAGUUAUCUGGUGGAGGGGGACUUGCUUUUCUUUCUCUCUAGAGACCUCGGAUUGCAACUGGAUAACGCAGCACGCAAAGGAUGUAAACAGCAGAGCAACUGUUCUCAAGAAGGCAGCAGCCACCCAAAGGCAGGGAGGAGCACGGGGGCUUCCUCCGGGCUUCGCCCAGUUGCAACAUUAGUCGACAAUCAGGUGGUGUUUGCAACUUUUCAAGGUCAGCCAAGAGGAUCAGCUACUCCUUCGGGUGCACGGAGCUUGGAUUGGGUUUGGUUGGGAAAUGCACAGGACGCCAAACAAGGAAGGAUUGUAGGGGUGUGUUUGUGACCUCCCCCCAUCCCCAUCCCCUGCUGUCCCCGCUGCCUUGGCGGCGGUGAGUAGGUGACAUGUGUCUAACUCUCAGUGCCAAGUCAGGCAGCAGGUGUCGGUGCUAAGCGGGAGCCGGGCAGCUGGGUGCGCCCCUUGCAGAGCCAUGUGGGCCCGGGGCGCGCCUCUCCCUGUCACAUCGCUGUUGCUACUCCUGCUGCUGCUCAAGGUUUCUGUCUCUGCUGCCCUCGGCUUUGUCCCUGCGCCGAGGAACGGAACUUGUCUGGGGGAGAGCUGUUCCCCACUGAUCCAGCGCCGCAGCAGGGAUGUCUGGGGACCCGAAAAUUCUGCCAGAGAUGUUCUGCGAGUCCAUUCGCCCAGGGAGAAACUGGAGACAGAGGUACGGGGAGCGACCUCCUGGGACCUCUCCGCCGCCAAGGGUGAUGACACAGGUGUGAGUGCAGGGCGGGAGGCACCUGCUGGACCCUUAGGACUUCCGACCAGGCCUCCAGGCGCCCGGAGGUGGAAAAGUGCUGGGGUUCAGGAGUCAUCUGGAAAUUUGAGGAGAAGGGACCCCACGGACCUCCAGCUCUUCCUUCAGACCUCUGGGGAGGAAGAGAUAAGUCCCAGAGGUGCUGGCCUUUCUAGGCACAGCCAAGAGCAGAGUGUGAAAACAGAACCCGAAGCCAGAGACCUCUUUUACUGGCCAAGGAGAACUGGGAAACUGCAGGGUUCCCACCAUAAGCAGUCAUCUAAGACAGUCAAUGGGCUGGCGGGGCACGAAGGGAGGACAAUUGCGCCCCCUGGCAGGGCACUACCCCAAAAUGGGUCCUUGGGCGACGGGGUCCAUGAGCAAGGGGGUCCCAGGCGGGGAAACAGCACAAACAGGCGCAUGAAACUGAAGAACCCCUUCUACCCACUGACCCAGGAGUCUUAUGGAGCCUACGCUGUCAUGUGUUUGUCUGUGGUGAUCUUUGGGACAGGUAUCAUUGGUAACUUGGCGGUGAUGUGCAUCGUGUGUCACAAUUACUACAUGAGGAGCAUCUCCAACUCUCUCUUGGCCAAUCUGGCCUUCUGGGACUUUCUCAUCAUCUUUUUCUGCCUUCCCCUGGUUAUCUUCCAUGAGCUGACCAAGAAGUGGCUUUUGGAGGACUUCUCAUGCAAGAUUGUGCCCUACAUUGAGGUGGCUUCUCUGGGCGUCACUACCUUCACCUUAUGUGCGCUGUGCAUAGAUCGCUUCCGGGCGGCCACCAAUGUUCAGAUGUACUACGAAAUGAUCGAAAACUGUUCUUCCACCACUGCCAAACUUGCAGUGAUCUGGGUUGGCGCCCUGCUGCUGGCACUUCCGGAAGUUGUCCUCCGCCAGCUGAGCAAGGAGGAUUUGGGGUUUAGUGGCCGAGCUCCCGCGGAACGGUGCGUCAUAAAGAUUUCUCCGGAUUUACCGGACACCAUCUAUGUCUUAGCUCUCACCUAUGACAGUGCGAGGCUCUGGUGGUAUUUCGGCUGCUACUUUUGCCUGCCUACGCUUUUCACCAUCACCUGCUCUCUAGUGACUGCCAGGAAGAUCCGCCAGGCAGAGAAGGCCUGCACCCGAGGGAACAAGCGGCAGAUUCAGCUGGAGAGCCAGAUGAACUGCACAGUGGUGGCCCUGACCAUUUUAUACGGGUUUUGCAUCAUUCCUGAGAACAUCUGCAACAUCGUUACGGCCUACAUGGCCACAGGGGUUUCUCAGCAGACCAUGGACCUCUUGACCAUCAUCAGCCAGUUCCUCUUGUUCUUCAAAUCCUGUGUCACCCCGGUGCUCCUUUUCUGUCUCUGCAAACCCUUCAGCAGGGCCUUCAUGGAGUGCUGCUGUUGCUGCUGCGAGGAGUGUGUCCAGAAGUCGUCCACGGUGGCCAGUGAUGACAACGACGAAUACACCACGGAGCUAGAGCUCUCGCCCUUCAGCACCAUCCGCAGGGAGAUGUCCACGUUCGCGUCAGUCGGAACUCACUGCUGAAGGCAUGGACUUGGUCUACUCAGAUUCAUUUGACUUUCAUAUCCUGUGAAAGUAUUUACUUCAUGUUUUUCCUUACAGGGGAACCAUGCAAAAAAAAAAAAAAAAAAAAAAAAAAAAAAACAA